AUGGCAACUUUAACCAAUGGGCAGGUGGACGGCACGGUGCACGGUGUCGGUGUCGCCAGCACGAACGGGCUGGUGAACGGAUUAAGUCACAGCCACAGUCCGGUGGGCUGCCCGGCCACCAUCCCCAUGAAAGACCACGAUGCCAUCAAACUCUUCAUCGGUCAGAUCCCCCGCAACCUGGACGAGAAGGACCUCCGGCCCCUCUUCGAGGAGUUCGGGAAGAUCUACGAGCUCACUGUGCUGAAGGACCGCUUCACGGGCAUGCACAAAGGCUGUGCCUUCCUCACCUACUGUGCCAGAGAGUCGGCCCUGAAAGCCCAGAAUGCAUUGCACGAGCAGAAGACCCUGCCAGGGAUGAACAGACCAAUCCAGGUGAAGCCAGCAGACAGCGAGAGUCGAGGAGAAGACAGAAAGCUCUUUGUGGGCAUGCUCAACAAGCAACAGUCAGAAGAUGACGUGCGGCGCCUUUUCGAGUCCUUCGGCAGCAUCGAGGAAUGCACCAUCCUCCGAGGUCCCGACGGAAACAGCAAAGGCUGUGCGUUUGUAAAAUACUCCUCUCAUGCUGAAGCUCAGGCAGCCAUCAGUGCACUACACGGCAGCCAGACAAUGCCUGGCGCCUCAUCCAGUCUGGUGGUGAAGUUCGCCGACACGGAUAAGGAGCGCACCAUCCGCCGCAUGCAGCAGAUGGCCGGUCAGAUGGGCAUCUUCAACCCUAUGGCCCUGCAGUUUGGAGCCUACGGAGCCUACGCUCAGGUGCAACAGCAGGCUGCAUUGAUGGCGUCAGUAGGCCAGGGAGGCUACCUCAGUCCGAUGGCGGCCUUUGCUGCUGCCCAGAUGCAGCACAUGGCCACCAUCAAUGGCAUCCCAGGAGCACCGAUGACCCCAACGUCAGGUGGUAGUACUCCUCCAGGCAUCAGCGCCCCCACAGUGACCAGCAUCCCCUCCCCCAUUAGCGUAAAUGGUUUUACUGGCAUGCCGCCCCCACAGGCAAACGGGCAGCCUCCUGCAGAGGCUGUCUUCACCAACGGGAUACACCAUUACCCUGUGUUGCAGGAGGUGGUUUUUAGGGAGGACUCGGAGAAAAACGGCUUGGGCGUGGCUCAGCGGAGUUGUUUUGGGGUUCAGGGUGGCUGCUUCCUCUCCUCUCUCUCUGAAGCUCAGAGUCCCACCGCAGCUGAUCCUCUCCAGCAGGCUUACACAGGAGUCCAGCAGUAUGCAGCCUACCCCGCUGCAUACGGCCAGAUCAGCCAAGCCUUCCCCCACCCUCCACCCAUCAUUCCACAGCAGCAACGAGAAGGACCAGAGGGUUGCAACCUGUUCAUCUACCACCUCCCUCAGGAGUUUGGGGAUGGAGAGCUGAUGCAGAUGUUCCUGCCUUUCGGUAAUGUCAUCUCCUCCAAAGUGUUUGUGGAUCGGGCGACAAACCAAAGUAAAUGCUUUGGAUUUGUGAGCUUCGACAACCCAGGAAGUGCCCAAGCUGCCAUCCAAUCAAUGAACGGCUUCCAGAUCGGCAUGAAAAGACUCAAGGUGCAGCUGAAGAGGCCGAAGGACGCCAACCGCCCCUACUAG